AUUGCGUCGGUUCAGUCGCUGCAGUAUAGAACAUUCCAAGUGCUAGAGAACUAUUCUACAAUGUUCCCAUUUGUUCUUAUACCUGUUGCCGGCAUGUUAUUGAUGUACAUUUUCAGUAUUUUUGAAACUCAUGAACUGGGCCCACCAACUGGAUUGAAGAUUUUAGGAUGCAAAGCUACCUGUGUACAUCUUGGUUGGACUCCUAGAGUAUUCGAUGAUCUAUUGGGAAAAAAAGUUAUUAUAAAGAUUUGGAAUGAUAUUGUAAGGAGAGAAUACAGCGUCGAUGCCGAUCAAAUAUCGGCAUGGGUUCCCUUCAUACCCAACUCAAAAAAUUCAGUUUCGAUUGCAUUUGCUUCUAACACUCACGAAGGAGAAUACAGCAAUGUAAUUCAGUUCAGAGCUCCAGAUAGAACAGAUAUAGCGAAUUCUUCGCCACAAAAUUUCAAGGUAAGACAGUUGGGAAACUCAAGUGUUCUCUUGUCUUGGAAGAAGCCAGAGAUUCUCAUCGGAUGGCUAAAGAGAUAUAUUAUAGAGUACAAUCAAACUACGACUGGUCCAAAACAUAUAGUUAAAUCAUUCACGUCUGAAGAUGAAGAAGUGAGUUACAAAAUAACGGAUUUGAAACAUGGAUAUUACGAAUUUCAUUUGCGAACUGAGAACUCUUUCGGCAUCUCGAAUAGGUCUUCAGCUUCAAUAACCUUAGUCCAUCACAUUUCUUCACCGCCAAAACCACCCUGUUUCAGUUGGGCAGUGAUCGAAACUGGUGAAACUGAAUUGGAUUUCGAAGAGGCUUGUUGUUCUUCUGAAAUAGUGGUUAUCAACGAAUGCAGGAGAUUCAAAAAGAAAGUCCUCAAGAUUCAGUGGCACCCAAACUCGAGUGGUAAUCCAGGAGAUCGAUUCCUUGUUAGAUACAGACAGAAAGGCCAGGGAAAAUUUAUGUCGACUGAUGUCCAAGAACAACAAAUGUAUACUGUAAUAGAUGUUCUGAAAAAGCAACAAGUUUAUGAGGUUUUUGUCACCUCAGUGGAUGGAAGAUUUUCCACCGACAGUGGUAUUCAGGAGGUGCACAUAAUAUAAGAAAAUGGAAACAAUAUUCUACUCAUUAAUUGAUUGAUUUGGUCAUAUAUAUUUGUUUGUAUUUUGGCAUGAAAAUGAUUAACAACAAGUUAAGAAAAACUCUUGAGUUUUGUUUAAGAUCAUAUGUAGGUAUACCUAGAAAUGAUUAUCUUCAGCUUGCUCGAAAUAUAUAUGAAAGGAUGAUUCACC